GCGCGCAUGGAGUCCCCGGACCUCUCGAGCCCUCUUGCCGCGGGCUAAAGUCCCAUGUGGCGGUCAAGACUUCAGAAGUGGCCUCUACCUGGAACCUUUCCACGGGAAAAGCCAGCAGUAAAUAUUGACCCCAGGCCCAGCGGUUUCUGUUUGAACGGCAGUCUGCUGCGGCCAGAGAGAGCAAGCCGGGCCACAUCUGGCCAAGGGCUGCUUUCAAGACUUGUCACUUGUCAAGAGACAACCCCUGGCGCUGAACUGAAAUCAUUCUCCCCAGGAUGGAGAAGACGGCAAUGAAGAUGCUGAUCGUGCUGGUCCUUGGAACGAACUACUGGUCUUGCGCAGGCUUCCCCGUCUAUGACUACGACCCGUCCUCUCUGAGGGAGGCAGUCCGCGCCUCGCUGGCAAAAGUGAACUCCCAGUCGCUGAGCCCUUACCUGUUUCGGGCGUUCAGAAGCUCAAUAAAAAGAGUCAACGUCCUGGAUGAGGACAGCCUGAGCAUGGACAUAGAGUUUGGCAUUCGAGAGACGACGUGCAGGCGGGAUUCUGGAGAUGAUCCUGCCGCCUGUGACUUCCAAAGGGGCUACUAUGUGCCGGUGGCCGUCUGCAGAAGCACCGUGCGGGUGUCUGCCGAGCAGGUGCAGGACGCGUGGGUCCGCUGCCACUGGUCCUCCAGCUCCGAGUCUAACAGCAGCGAAGAGAUGUUUUUUGCGGAUAUGUUGGGACCCUCUACAUCAAGAAACAGUUAUUUACUUGGCCUCAUGCCCGACAGACCCAGAAGCGAGCCGUUUCACCAGCGGUCAGUCGAGAUCAUGAGAAGGGUCCUUCCUCCUGGAAAUAGAAGGUACCCGAACCAGCGGCCCAGAGGAAGAAUAAACAGUGGCUUCGAGUAACAGCCUGGAGCAGAAUGCACUGGAAGGAGUAAAGUUCCAGUGAAGAAAGACACUUCGUGAAUUGAUGGCUUCCAGUCCGUAAUAAAUGGCUUUCUUUCAUU